UUCUCUUUUGCCUUGCGCCAUCGUCUGACCGCCUCUGUGGACGGUUUGAAUCUGCCGUGAGGCCCGGCGCGUUGGGCCACCUGCCUAUUCUGACACAUAGCAGCCAAGCCAUCCGUCAUCCCGACCGAGAGUAAGGCAGAAUAUAUAUCUGGUAAGGUAACUUGACCUAUGACCGAUGAUUGAGACACGGCAGCAGCGGGGUUCAUCCCGAUCUCGGGCUCAUCGCUGUCGUCCUGGCCCGAGAGGUGCACGCACUGUUGCAUCCACGUGCUUCGACCAUAACCAUUUCCCAGGCACUCCAUAAGAUACCCGUCCGACACACCAGUUCACCUCUUCUAGGCAAGUUAACGGUCCAACAAGCUCGCGGCCAGUCGGGCUAGAGGCCCGCCAGUUUUGAUAUGCUUUGGCUCCCCUGCAGACCGAUGGCUGAAGAAUCAUCCGCAAUGUGCUGCCCCGUGCCUUGUCAGGCUGUAGUUACCGACACUCUGGUAAUUGGGAACGCCGCUUUUCCUGUUGGGCUGUUCUCGAGCUGCCUCUGCGUCCCAGCGCUCUGGUUGAGCUUCCCCUCUCCUCGAAUGGGCCCCGCACGGGGCGGCGGUUCCUCUGCAGUGGACCUGCACUCACCCGGCAAGCUGGGUCGUCCGGACCUGUCCCUCGCGAAAAGGGAUGCAGAUAUGGCGUUCUCCUCAUGUAGCCAGACUGCGCAAAAUGCCGCCAUACCGCAGGUGUCGGGCCAUGAUUGGCUCUGUGGCCGAGUCAUGGAUAUCCACCGCUCCACUCCCAUGGCUCCCUUGGACCCAAAGAGUUACCCGAGUUGCUUCUUGCAACGUGCUGUCGAUUCCGCCCGUCCAAGUGUUCUCCGCCUUUGGAAGGCUAGGAACACAUACCUAUAUAGCUCGUCUCUGGGACUGCCGCACAUUUCGUACUUGGCGGUCAUGACUGGUUCCUCUGACCGACCUCCACGGAGUUUUCCGCCUGGACGGUGUUCCUACGAACUACAGUUCGCCCGGAUCCUAUAGAAACCCCAAUGCUACGCCCUGAUGCCAGCCCUCUCUUUGAAGACCUCCAGUUGUCAUCCACAAGGUCAAUCGCUGAGCACGACGCUGUCUCAGUGAAUAACCCGCGGGAAUAAGGGACGCCUCCCUACUCGGAUCUGCCUUCCACUCCCGUCCGUACCUUUUGGCUCAGCACAUCGCCAUACGAUAUCGUAUGCCCUGAGUCUCGGCCGUCCGGGAGAUGUACUCGACCCAUAUUUGCUUACCUGCAGUCAUCAAGGUCCAAACACAAAAGGACACGGACUCCACAUGGAGGAAGACGGCAUCAUUGAGCCUUUAGAAGACGACGAUCUGCCCGAGGCAGCGCGUGAGGUCACUUCCGACUACGACCCGAGCGAGGAAGAAACCACUUUUGGCUCCCUGAC